CCACAGUUUCUCUAUCAAGGCCUCUGUAUGCAUUAAAAGUGAACUCGGUAAUACCAUACACAUGAGGUAAAGAGUUCAGGUCGAAAAACAUGAGGUCUAUUUCGGAAUUGUUGGCAAGUGUCGUGUUCGUCUUCAGUAGUGUGAUCAGUCAAGAGAAUAAUGUUUGCCCAACCUUUAAGGAUUAUUACACAAUCAAGAAUAAUUCAAGAUGCUGGUACGAUCUUGCAGCAGAAUACAGUGCUCCAGAAAUUAUCCAGCGAAUGGGAUAUCCGCUUCUAACGUAUAAGGUACAGACAGCCGAUGGAUACAUUUUGACCAUGUUUCGAAUCCCGAAUGAUCAUAUCAACAACCCAGAUGCAAGAUUCACCCCAAUAUACUUGCAACAUGGUCUAGUAGCUACAAGUGCAUCAUUUCUUGGAAAAGGAAGAGAUUCGUUAGCGUUCGUAUUAUCAGACGCUGGGUAUGAUGUUUGGUUGGGAAACUAUAGAGGAAAUCCCUACUCUGAAGAACACGUGAACAUGACGAUCUUUGAUCAAGAGUACUGGAAUCAUGGUCUAGAUGAAGUCGCUCUCCUCGACAUUCCUGCUCAAUAUCAAACUAUAUUAGACAACACAGCUCCUGGAAGUAAGAUCAUUUUCAUUGGACACUCUUUAGGAACAACAGUUUCUCUCAUGUUCGCCUCAGAAUAUCCAGAAAGAGCCAGAAAAAUUAUGAAAAUGAUGGUUCUUUUGUGUCCAGCAUACACAUUAACAAAUAUGGUAUCUCCGUACAAGAUGUUGGCACCCAUGGGUGAUUUUGUAUUGGAUACUGUCAGAAGACUGAAAUUGGACAGAAUAGUAUCACAUGCUAGAGAGCUCAGAAGAUUUGUUAUUCCAGUUUGCAUGGAAUCUCCAGAGUUGAUGAGGAACUGUAUGCAGAUGUAUAAUCUAUUUUAUGGACCUAACACUGAUUUGGGACCGGAAUCAAUUCCAGUUUACUUCAAUCAAGCGCCUGGGGGAACCUCCAUUAAGAUUCUGAAUCACGCCGCCGACUUCAUCAAAGGAAACUUCCGAAAGUAUAACUACAAUGAACUGAAUUAUAAAGUUUAUGGAACUCCGUAUUCUCCAAAAUACGACAUCAGUAAGGUACAUGUUCCUGUAUAUCUGGUUUAUAGUGCACAGGAUUGGGCAACUACUGAAGCAGUAUAA